UUGUUGUUUGUUGUUGAGUUUUGUUGACAACCCCCAAAGUACCACAAAUUCGCCCCAAAACCACCGUUUAGCGAAUAAAACUGACUGGAACGUCGUCGAUUUUAGGUGACCAGACCGGUAUUAUGCACGCAACACACGCUUCGACUCGUAUACCCGCACCCAGAUCGACAUAACCUAAAAGGAGCGCCAAAAUGGGCAUAGACUUCGACAUUCUGGAGCACUGCAAGAAAGUGCGGGCGGACCACGGCCCCCCGUACACGUGUCCGGUGGACAAAUGCGGUAGGACGUAUAAAUCGGUGUGCGGUUUGCAAUAUCACCUAAAAAGCUUCGACCACGACAACCCAACGACACAACCACCGACCACACCAAUCACACCAAAAAACAAAAAAGGGAGGUCGAGAAUAGCGGCCGUUAAGGCGCCGCAGGCCGCCACUUUGCCGGAGCCGCUGACGUUUGAGGAGGCGCAGAAGAUGGUGCAGUUUGAGGUCAACAACAUACCAGUGAGGUGGAACAUUAAUGAUCCCCUCGAACUGGUGCCCAAGGAGGACUUCUCCGAUGAGGAAGUUGUGCCUGAAGUUAAAACUGAGCCUCCACCAGGUCCCGUAGCAACUUUACCAACAGCCAGUUAUAAGGUUAUGGAAAACUAUAAUAUAUGUGACGCUCCACCCCGACCAAAUGCUUACAUUAGGUUCAUAGAGAAGAGCACGGAAGAAUUGGAUGGAGAAGUAGAAUACGACGUGGACGAGGAGGACACCGCCUGGUUGUCGAUAAUGAACGCCAACCGAGAGGCGGCCGGCCUCUCCCCCGUGUCCGUCGACAGCCUCGAAUUGCUCAUGGAUCGCCUGGAAAAAGAGUCCUACUUCCAGGCAAGCGUGAACGGACACGCCGGCGCCGUAGUGGACGACGACGCCGUCUGCUGCAUCUGCAUGGACGGCGAGUGCCAGAACACCAACGUCAUCCUGUUCUGCGACAUGUGCAACCUGGCCGUGCACCAGGACUGCUACGGCGUCCCGUACAUACCGGAGGGCCAGUGGCUGUGCCGACGUUGUCUGCAGUCGCCCAGCCGGGCGGUGGACUGCGUCCUGUGUCCGAAUCAGGGCGGCGCCUUCAAGCAGACCGACAGGAGUCAGUGGGCGCACGUGGUGUGCGCCCUGUGGAUUCCCGAGGUCCGAUUCGCCAAUACCGUGUUCCUCGAACCAAUCGACUCGAUAGAGACAAUUCCGGCCGCCAGGUGGAGGCUGUCCUGCUAUAUAUGCAAGCAAAAGGGCAUGGGGGCUUGCAUACAGUGCCACAAGACCAACUGCUACUCGGCCUUCCACGUAACCUGCGCCCAACAGGCGGGUCUGUACAUGAAAAUGGACACGGUCAAAGACGGCGGAGACUCGCAACCCGUGUUGGUCCAAAAGAUUGCCUACUGCGACACGCAUGCCCCCGUCGAAAGCGGGGACAGCAAAAAGGAGGACGCCAGGAAGAAAAUGAUAAACGCCCGCAAAAUGUUGGCCAAAAAAAGGACCUCGGCACCAGUAAUACUAAUUCCCACAAUUCCCCCAGAACGCAUACAAGAAAUCGGAUCUCUGGUGACGAUAACCAAGAAGUCCCAGUUCAUACAACGCCUUAUCGCCUAUUGGACGUUAAAGCGUCAGUUCCGCAACGGUGUGCCGUUGCUGAGGCGCCUUCAAAGCGCCCACGGCGGCCCCAAGGACUCCAACACCAGCAACGUGGACACCUUAGAACUCAUCAGACAAUUAAAGUACUGGCAGUGCCUCAGGCAGGACUUGGAGAGGGCGAGGCUGUUGUGCGAACUGGUGCGCAAGCGUGAGAAAAUGAAGCUCGAGUACACCAAACUCGUAGAGAAAUGUCUGAAGAUCCAGCUCAAACCACUCGAGGCCAGUCUGAAGAACGUUCUGGACUUGAUUGCGGCCAAAGACACCAACGAGAUUUUCAGUGAGCCCGUCGAUCUUGAAGAGGUCCCCGACUACACUACGGUGGUGACUGAACCUAUGGAUCUGAGCACUAUGUACAAUAAACUGGAUCAAGGGUUGUACCCUGACUUGUCGAGUUUGGAGAAGGACUUCAAUUUGAUGAUCGCCAACUGUCUGGCCUACAACAACAAGGACACGGUAUUCUACCGGGCCGGCAUCAAAAUGCGAGACCAGUGUGCUGUCAUCUUCAAACAAGCACGUAAAGACCUGGAGGCUGCGGGGUUAAUGGGUGAGACCUCAGAAUCUAGUCAGGAGCCUCCCAAAGACGACUGUAUAGCCUCGGACAUCGACAAGAAGUUCGAGUCAUUACAAGGCAAAACAGGGCCGGAUAUCCUUGCUCAACUGGAGGACUUAAUGUCCAAGAGCCAGGCUCUAAAGCACGGCCAGGCCAGGAUGAAGCGUGUGAAGAUGAUCAGGAGCGAGAUCAUGAAGGUGCGGAAGGCCUUGCCACAUACCGACAGCUCACAAUCCGAUCCGGAGGCUGAACACCCCGAAAACAAAGUCAGCUCACCAAGUUCCGGUGUUAACCCAUCCGGCGUGAACAGGAGGAACGCCGUUUUGUUCACCAGGAAAGCCCAGGCUGCCUUAAAGAAGCCUGAGCCUGAGGAAAAGGAUGAGAAGAACUCGUUGGAGCAGCCGCCCAAACAGAAGAAAAAGGGUCGAAAGAGCAAAAACGCCGAGUCACAAUCGAAAGCUGAGUCCACCAAGUUGGCGGAAGCCGUUCCGGACAGUUUCAAGGUUUACAGAGGGGCAAAUCCCACUUCCGGCGACGAGGAGAGCGACAGCGGAAGCAGCUUGUCCACCUGUUACUCCAGGGAGCUGUCCGAAAUGGACACCGACGAGGAGGACAGCGACUGUUCCGACCGGACGACGAAUUCGAUUGAAGCGACCGAAAAGCACGAGCACAUCGAGCUGAAACCUCUGCAACUAGUUUGGGCCAAGUGUCGAGGCUAUCCUUGGUACCCAGCGUUGAUUAUCGACCCCGAAAUGAAGAAAGGAUACGUCCAUUAUGGAGUACCAAUUCCUUCACCACCGGCUGAAGUCCUGGCCCUGAGCUCCAAAUUUUCGGAGCACGUUUAUCUGGUUCUUUUCUUCGACGCAAAGAGAACUUGGCAAUGGUUGCCCGCUGAAAAAUUGGAGCUCAUGGGACUCGACACCGAAAAGGAUGAAGCCAAAGUGAACGAGCCCAGGAAACCGACAGACAGGAAGGCGGUUAAAAAGGCAUACGAGAAUGCCUUGCACUAUCAGUCGCAAAUCAAUGAUCCUCCCAACUCUGAGUCUACAAAAUAAUUUUGUAAUUUUGUUGUAUUUUAAAUAAAUGACGUUAUAUUUUCAUA